GAUAACAUUUUGUAUUUGUGAGAAGUUUAUUCAUCAGAUUUCAUUUGAGAGAGAAACCACCAUGGCUGAAGCAGCUCUAAUCAGUGGAUUGCUUUCAAACUUGUCACCUCUGAUUCAGGAUCAAUUCUCGUUGUUUUGGAGUUUUAAGAAGGAGGUUCAAAAGCUAUCCGGCACGCUAUCUUCGAUUAGUGCCGUUCUUGAGGAUGCAGAAAGAAAGAAGGACAAGGACAAACAAACGGAAGAUUGGUUGCGGAAGCUCAAGGAUGUGGCGUAUGAGGUUCGAGACAUCAUGGACGAGUGCACCUAUGAAGAUCUUCGUCUUCAAGUCAACAGGCGUAAUGCCUCCUCUUCAACCCGAAUCAAGGUAACCAACUCAAUAACCCAUCCUUUUAUCAGCACUUGGACACGUCUAAAAGUUGGUCACAAAAUUAAGGAUGUUCAAGAGAAGGUUAACCUAAUUUCUUUAGAGCGCCAAACGUUACAUUUGCGUGAAUCUAUUCAUGACAAAUUUACUAGUCGUUGGCGUGAAACCAUAUCUCUUUCUAGUUGUAAUAAAGUAUAUGGGAGAGAUAUAGAGAAGAAAAAUAUUAUUGAUAUUCUGGUCAAUAAUACAUCUGGUGCUUGUGUUGAUAAAAAACUAUCUGUUCUACCCAUUGUUGGAAUUGGGGGUCUUGGUAAAACAACACUUGCCCAAACGGUCUUCAACGAUGAGGAGAUUUCUAAGCAUUUUGAAACCAAAAUAUGGGUUUGUGUUUCUGAUGAAUUCGAUAUUCAAUUGGUGAUGAGAGCCAUCUUAGAAGAAAAGGCGGAAGCACGCUCAGAAGAAUUGCAGAAAAAAGUUAGAGAAAAAUUGAGCGGAAAAAGAUAUUUGAUUGUAUUGGAUGAUGUUUGGAAUGAAAACCUUGAGGCAUGGGAUCAGUUGAGAUCUAUCUUGGACUGUGGAUCAAAUGGUGCGUUUGUUCUUACCACGACACGGAAAAGAAAUGUGGCAAAAAUUAUGGAAACGAUUCAACAUAUUCAGAUAUCAUUGCUCUCUGACGAGGAUUGUUGGCUGCUCUUUGAAGAGCGUGCAUUUAUGUGUGGGACACCAAAAACUCCAAACUUUGUUGAUAUUGGAAAAGAAAUAGCUAAAAAAUGUAAAGGCGUUCCCUUAGUUGCCAAGACAUUUGGAGGUCAAUUGGGCUUCAAAAAUGAUAUAAAUGAAUGGUGUAAAAUAAGAGAUAAUGAGAUAUGGAAGAUAUCUCAAAAUGAAGAAUCUGAUCUCUUGCCUAUUCUAAGGUUGAGUUACUAUGAACUCCCUUAUCAUUUGAGAAGAUGUUUUGUAUUUUGCGCUAUAUUUCCCAAAGAUGCUGAAAUAAAAAAGGAGAUAUUAAUCCAAUUGUGGAUGGCCCAUGGUUUAAUUCCUAAAGAUAAUAUCCAAGAAGUGGAAGAUGUUGGGAAUACAAUUUGGAAGCACCUGUGUUGGAGAUCCUUUUUUCAAGACGAGAAAUCAUAUCGGUAUGGAAUAUACGAAACAUGUAAGAUGCACGAUCUUAUGCACGAUCUUGCCCAAUCUGUUAUGAAAGAUGAAUGUUAUACGAUGGAGGCUAAUAGCUCAAGUGAUGGUUUAAGACGAGAAAUUCGUCAUGUAUCGGCAAUGGUUGAUGAAUUUGUCAAAACAUCAGUUCGUUCUCUUAAGAAAAUUGGAGGGUUGCAAUCACUAAUGCUCAAUGGAAGAGAUGUUUAUGGAAAUGUCACACAGCAGAUUUGUUUGAGUGUCUUGAAGGAACUUUUGGCUUUACGUGUCCUUGAAUUGAGCUGCAAUGUGCAAUAUCAAGAUUUGCGUUAUAUGGGAUGUCUAAAACAUCUUAGAUACUUAGACAUUUCCGGUAAUGAUGAGAUAACAACAUUACCUGAUAGUAUUUGUGAUCUCUUGAACUUACAGACUUUGAAACUCAACUAUUGUUCUAAUCUUGAAAGUUUGCCCAGAAAUACAAAAGCCCUUAUUAGCCUACGACAUCUUUAUUUGAAGGGUUGUGAUGAAUUAAAAUAUAUGCCUAGAGGGAUGGGGAAAUUGAAACAUCUGAAGACGUUAAGCUUGUUUGUGAUAAGCAACAAGGAAAAAGACUGCCAAUUAGAUGAAUUAAAAGAAUUGAAUAUUGGCGGAUCAUUGAAAUUGAAGAACCUUGGAAGAGUUAACGAUACAUCUAUGAAAAGAGGGAUAAGUAUGGCUAAAAAGACGAAUAUCAAUGAAUUGGAGUUGGAAUGGAGAUCUGAUUAUGAAGAUGAUGAGGGAAAGAGUACUAGAGAUGAGAAAAUUGGUGAAGCUCUAGAAGUUUCAACGGCAAGGUUGAAGAUUUUGAUAAUGAGGGGUUACAAAGGUGUGAAUCCCCCUAAAUGGGUGGGCAAUGUGAAUACUAUUGCUAAUAAUAGCGUUGACAAUGAAAUGAUAGUACUAUUCCCUUUGUUAGAGAAUUUGUCUAUUUGGAGAAUGAAGAAUUUGAGGGAAUUGGUGUCACCUAGCUGUUGGAGUACUAGAGCAUUCCCUAAUCUAUGCACGCUGAAGAUAUCUGGUUGCCCAAAGUUAGGGGCCUUGCCACUACAUCUUAAAUCACUCAAAAAUGUAGGUGUUAUUGGUGAAUGUUCAGAUGAAUUGUUAUAUAGCAUCUCGAAUCUUAAUGGUACUCUCACAAGUCUGUAUCUUAAUGAAUUGAAUAAUGAUGUGGAGCACAUAUUCACCGUCAACAACAACAUGAAUGGAAUUGAAGUAGUAUUAUUCCCUUUAUUAGAGGAACUUGUUAUUAAUGGAAUGAAGAAUUUGAGGGAAUUGGUGUCACCUAGUUGUUGGAGUACUGGAGCAUUCCCUAAUCUAUGGAGGAUGACCAUAGCUUAUUGUCCAAAGCUAGGGGCCUUACCACCUCAUCUCAAAUCACUCAAAGAUAUAACUGUUUGGGGUGAAUGUUCGGAUGAGUUGUUAUAUAGCAUCUCAAAUCUUAGUGCUCUCACUCAUCUCCGCAUUGAAAAUAUGAAAGAAAGAAGUGUUUUAUUUGGAACUGAUUAUAUGGCAUUAUUGUUUGAAGCACAAAUAGUAGGAGGAGGAGUACGCUCAACUUUCCAAUCUCUUCAAUCUCUGUAUAUUAGGGAGUGCAAGAAGUUAAGGUGUUUGUUUGAUGAGGGAAUGAUAUCAAAGAUUAGUGGCUGCCAAAACAAACACUUCAUCAACUCUCUCACGGAAUUGGAUAUUAGUUAUUGUCCGGAGUUGAUGAUAUCAGUUGAGGAAUUUGGAAACCUCAAUAUUAAUAAUUCACUACAGAGAUUGCGUAUCUUGUAUUGUCCUAAGUUGGUGUCUUCAGAAGAAGCGGACGAUGUUAUGGCACUCCUGCAUUCCCUUUACACAAGACUUGGUCAUGAGAAGUUCAGAGUAUUCCCUUUACACAAGACUUGAUCGUUGAGAAGUUCAGAGUAGAUAUUCUAUUGGAAGAGGAAUAGAAGAAGAAUAAGAGUCAGUUAGAAGGACGCGUAGAAAGGAUCCUUUGAAUGAUUUCAAGUACGUACUAUGAAGGAGGAAGGAGGAUGGAAUAUCACCUAUCCACAUUACUUGUAUGUGACUUGUACGUACUAUGAAGGAGGAUAGAAUAUCACCGAUCCACAUUACUUCAGUCAGUAGGCUAUUCUGCAAAUUAAAGCCACAUGGAUAUUCUCCAGCUGCUUACAUUACUGUUACUGCAAUAGAGUUGGAAGCAUUUAUCCUAUUUGAGGGUCAAGCAUACAGUGAUAACUUAAAGGAGUAGAAGACUCAUCAAAGAGAUGAAAAAGAGGAUGAUGGAGGAAAAUGGUGCAAAUAACUACUUGAACAAGAGGCUGGAAUUGCUUCAGAAGGAGAACACGGAUCUGUUGGAAAGGGUUGAAACACUGAAGCAAGAACUCGAAGGGGAGAAGCUUAAAUGCAACUAAACAAAUCUUUAAAGGCUUGUACACAAAAUUCCUUCUUUUUUUUAUCCCUAGAACAAAGGGGAGAUGAUUCAUUCGAACCCUAGUUAUGUUGUGUUUUCAUUCGAUGAAGUUCGAUGUAAAUAUCAUAAAGGAGGAAUAGAAGAAGAAGAGUCAAUUAGAAGGAAGGAAGUGAUAAUCAGCAAAUGGUAGUCUGGAGGGAGUCUCGAUAGACAUGUAGGGUACGAGCUCGAGGACGUCCAUCCACACAGAGAAAACAAUAUGAGGUUGAAACAAUUGUGAGAAAAUCAAUGAGAAGAUCUGUGUUCAGAGUAUAAAGAUAAUCUAUUGGAAAACAAACACGAAGAAGAGCAGAGCAUACGUACUGGCCAUGCUUUAAAAUGUUUUAAUGCAUCCCCCAUGCUUGAACAAGAAGAUAUUAGAGACGGCAAAAGACCAAGGAGCUUUAUGUCAUGUUAAAAUGUGCUGCAUCUGGAGAAGACGCGUCGGUUGACCUUUACGGGUGGUUCUUUUUAAAUGAAAUAUACUUUUCAUAAUCUAAAGUUACUAACGUAAAAAUAAAGUGUGUUCUAUUGGAGUAGAUGUAUUCAAGAUUUGCAGAAUGAAAAUGCUCCAGUUUCUGAUCCUCUGCUUUCUGUUCUUCCCGCCUCACAUAAUGAUGGAUUGGAAGCGAAUUUGACUUUACAAUCACACAGCAUAAACGAGUCGCAGCGUCCUCUUACCCAUUUAGAGUUAACCGAUCAUAAGAAUUCUCUUGAUGGAGGACAAUGGUAUAAAAAUCGGUUACAAAAUUAUUUACAAAAGAGAAAUCUUAGGUUUCCAGAGUAUUCAUUUGAGAGCCAAGGUCCUCCACAUGCUUCUUACUUCAAGUGUAAGGUUACUGUGUGUGGACAGAGUUAUCAGAGUAAUGAAUUUUUCCUCAGCAUGAGAGAUGCUGAGAAUGCUGCAGCAAAAAUUUCUUUUGAACAAAUUUCAGUCAAUGAAGAUCAGAAGGGUGAUACUGGUCUUUAUAAAAAUGCCUUGCAAGAAUUGGCUCACAAAAGAGGCUUCUUGAGUCCAAGUUAUAAGACUGAAAGCUGUGGUCCAGGUCACUCGCUUACUUUUCUUUCAACCGUGAUAGUAGAUGACAAAAUUUACCUAGGGAUAGCUGC